AUGGCGGCUCAGUUUCAAAUUCAACCUCAGGCGGUGAGUGUUGGUGUUGGUGGUGCUGCUCCUGCUGGUGCUCAGCAGUUUGUGCCGACUUCAUUGUAUGUUGGGGAUCUGGAGUGGAAUGUGACAGAUUCACAGCUGGACUUGUCGACUCGACGAUCGCUUGGUUAUGGCUAUGUCAACUAUGCGAAUCCUCAAGAUGUUCUUACUCCUCUUGUUAUGUUGAUGACAACUGCAAGGGCAAUGGAGGUACUGAACUUCACACCUUUGAAUGGGAAGGCGAUCAGAAUAAUGUAUUCUCAUCGAGACCCAAGCGUACGCAAAAGUGGCUCUGGAAACAUAUUUAUCAAGAUUCUUGAUAAGGCAAUCGACCAAAAGGCCUUACACGGCACAUUCUCUACAUUUGGCAAUAUUCUCUCCUGCAGGAUUGCGACAGAUUCAAGUGGGCAAUUAAAGGGGUAUGGUUUUGUUCAAUACGACGCUGAAGAAUCUGCACAAAAAGCCAUUGAAAAACUGAAGGACAUGCUUUUAAACGACAAACAGGUAUACGUGGGACCCUUUUUGCGCAAACAAGAAAGAGAACUAGUUGUCGACAAGACAAAGUUUACUAAUGUCUAUGUCAAAAACCUGUUCGAAUCAACAACAUAUGAUGAUCUAAACAAUACAUUUAGUGAAUUUGGAACUGUGACAAGUGUUGUUGUGCUGAGGGAUGCUGAAGGGAACUCCAAAUGCUUUGGAUUUGUUAAUUUUGAGAAUGCUGAAGAUGCUGGUAAAGUAGUGGAAGGGCUUAAUGGUCAGAAAUUUGAUAACAAAGAAUGGUAUGUUGGAAAAGCACAGAAGAAAUACGAAAGGAAAUAG